AAUCUCGAAAGUCAUGCGAAAGGGUUGCCAAAUCAGUUACCUCAGAUCGAACCUCUCAAUCGUCUACGAGCUGUGUUUCAGGAAGAGCAACUCGACGUUCAAGUCGUGGAAACCGUUGAGUCCAUGAUUGAUUGUGAGAAUUGGAACGAAGGAAAUUUCCAAACUUACAUGUAUCUGGGCGAAUUUCUUCGACUUCAACGGCGUCGCCCUUCAUGUAUAGUGCCUCGGCCGUUGUCGUGUUCGCACUGGGCUACCGGAAUGUCACCCCAUGCUCAAUUCGAAACAGCUUUCGCUCAGUUCCAAAAGGAGUUACUCAAGAACAAGACAGGCAUUUUCCCAACUUUUCUCGAGCGUACAGCUGUAGGAAGUAUUGUUGAGCUACGAUAUGGCGUUUUAUUUGAGAAACAAAUUGUCUUCACCCAAAAAUUGUUAAUGGUGGAAAAUGCAGGAGUCAUAGAACAAAUUCUUUUCGUAGCACCACACGAAGAGUGGACGUUUUAUACAGAUCUUGGAGAGAAGAGGGUAGACCUCGCAAAACCCUCGCAGUAUAUUGUCUAUCAAAAGCUUACUACCCAAGCGAACAUCCAUCUUAUGCAGACGAUCAACACACAAGAAAUUCGUUGGACUCCGCAAACGUUACAUCAAUUGAGCAGUGCAUUCGGCAAGCUGCAACAAGUGUUCGAUACAACUUGUAGGAAUUGCAAGAAAGUGAUGAAAGACUUCCUCCCUCCACUCAUUUUCGAUUUUCGCAAUUUGAAAAAUGCUCUACACGAGACCUGUCGU